AAAUAAGAUAGUAAGCGGCAAACAGACUGAUGCAGUCAUUGUCUAUCAUGCGACAGUGAAACUUAAAAGGACAAGCGUCUGUAAAACAAACUCUUAGCUAAGUUAACUGUGAAGCUUGCAGCACUGUGGCCUCACAACAAAUAAUAUCUAGAAAGUUAGUAACGUCACUUAAGGCUGGAAUGCAGUGAAAGCAAUUACAAAAACAUUGUCGACACAUGCCUGCGUCAUAGGCUACCCCGUAGCCUACUCAGUCACUACUGUUGCGGCUGUAAAAUGGUAGAUAAACUGCGCGAGUGUCACACAGCCGCCGCGAAAUGACUCGUUUCACUAUCUGAAAAUGAUCCAUUAGGUCCGAUAACAUUUGGAAUGUCUAGAAGAGCCGCACGAUUCAAUUAUUUUUAUCCCCAUUCAAGUUAGCAGAGGGCUAACCGGAAGUUAGCCAGCUUGGCCGGCGGAAGUCUCUGAGUGUACAUUUAAACAGUCAGCGCGGGAAUGUCUUUCCCGACAUGAGAUUUAAAAACGCCGUAUACUGAGAAAUACAGAGAGAUUUAUCUGGCCGUGGUAUGCUUAAUCUGCAUUGUAUGAAGUCGUUUGGCAAGGGCUUGAAUGUAACGGACGUUCAUUCAUAAGUAAAAGUUCUGCACUGCAGGUUUAAAUGAAACACCCGGGAGACUAAGCUGGCUAACGUCAUUUUUCCAGUGUUGCCGUAUGAUAACUAGCCAGCAACUGAGUUUUGUCAACAAACCAACCAAAUGACCAACAGCAACAGUGCAGUUCUAUGACAUGGAUACUUCAUCUCCAUGAAAUUAAAGAAAGAAGAAAGCGGGCUUUGACAUCAGAUAACGUCAGUGAUGGAAACCCAGCUGGUGGGACAGAUAGAAGGCAAAGAGGAGAAGUUUCGCUCUUCCCUAUAGGAUCCUGGGGGAGGAGUUCAGGGCCCUCUUAGGAGUAUGUGACACCUGUUCUGGCUGGAUUUCAACCUAAAGGGAGUCACCAUACACAGUAAGCUGACCAGAUGCCAAAGCCAAUCUCACUCAGACUCCUGUCCAUACUCUCAGAUCCUAUUUGGAUGACUGCCACUGAUUCCCUGCACGUCAACACAGCAUCAGUUGCCUGGAAACCGAGUAUGACGAAGACAUGUGAAGAGGCAGAAAACACCUUCUGACACAAAGCUUUCAACCAGAUGUUGGCUGCAGGAAUUUGCUCCCAUUCAGCAACAAAAGCAUCAAUGAGGUCGGCCACUGAUGCCAGGUGGUUGCAUGGCUCGCAGUCAGUGUUCCAGUUCAUCCCAAAGGUGUCGGAUGAGGUUGAGGUCAGAGCUAUGCAGAGCUGGGCCUCUAUUUGUCUACACCUGUCUCUUCUCUCUCUCUCAGUCUCUGUCCUGCUGCAUCUCUUUCCCUUGCUGUCUGUCUCUAUUUGUCUCCGUGGACAGGUUGGAUUCUCUGAGGGCUGCACUCCGACAUGGUGAAAUGGAGUUAGUUUGUUCCUGCAGCGACGACGGCACUUUGCAGUCAGGAUAACAACUCCAGAUAUUGACGGAGAGCAGGGAAAGGACUUCAGGGGUCACCGUGAGCUGUCAGGAAGGAGAGAUAAAUUAAUAAUCCCCAUUGGACUUCCCUUUAGCGACGCUGAAGCAUCUUGCCAAGGAUUACCUCCCACCAGGGCUUCGUUUGACGGAGUAAGGACGUAAAGGGAGUGGGGUCGUUUCUUCAUAUAUCGUGUGUGUGUGUGCUUUGGCUUCUUUGGAGAGGAUAUGGCACGGACGGCGCUUGAGAGAGGAGCGCAGCCGACAGAGGAGAGAGGAAACAGGAGCUGAAUGACAGGAUGCCAGCGACCUGAGCCCGCACUCAGCAGUUCCAAACUUCGUUAAAAGAGACACUUCUGCUUUAUUUGCCGAGUUAAGAGGAGAAAAGAAGAAUACUUACCAAAACCUUUUUUUUUGGAGGAGUUUAAUUUCGAAGUUUUUUUUGUAUGCGUAAUUUUAUUUUUUUUGGUGAUAAAACAAGGAUGCAUUGUGGAUUAGUCUUUAUCCUGUUCAUGGGAAUCCUCUUGGUGGCCAAGGCUUCAAAAAACGAACCCUCUUCACUCCCCCCUGCAGAUAAAUGUGGAGGCAACAUCAGAAUCUCAACCGCCAACUACCUCACCUCGCCCGGAUACCCCGUAUCUUAUCCCCCUUCUCAGAGAUGCGUGUGGGUGAUAACGGCGCCUGGUCCUCACCAGCGGAUCCUCAUCAACUUCAAUCCGCAUUUCGAUCUGGAGGACCGGGAGUGCAAGUAUGACUAUGUGGAGGUGCGAGACGGUGUGGAUGAGAGCGGUCAGGUGGUGGGGAAGUACUGUGGGAAGAUCGCCCCCUCUCCUGUCGUCUCCUCCGGAAACCAGCUCUUCAUCAAGUUUGUGUCUGACUACGAGACCCAUGGAGCAGGUUUCUCCAUCCGAUAUGAGAUCUUCAAGACAGGUCCUGAAUGCUCCAGGAACUUCACCUCCAACAGCGGUGUCAUAAAGUCGCCCGGCUACCCUGAGAAGUACCCCAACAACCUGGACUGCACAUUCAUGAUCUUCGCCCCGAAGAUGUCCGAGAUCAUUUUGGAGUUCGAGAGCUUCGAAUUGGAGCCUGACCCGACGCCUCCUACUGGCGUGUUCUGCCGCUACGACCGGCUGGAGAUCUGGGAUGGCUUCCCAGGAGUCGGGCCAUACAUCGGGAGGUAUUGUGGGCAGAACACACCGGGAAGGAUCAUCUCCUACACUGGCAUCCUGGCACUGACAAUCAACACUGACAGCGCCAUCGCUAAGGAAGGCUUCUCUGCCAACUUCACCGUCAUCGAAAGGACCGUUCCAGAGGAUUUUGACUGCAGCGACCCCUUGGGAAUGGAAUCAGGAGAGAUAACAUCAGACCAAAUCAUGGCUUCAUCCCAGUACAACCCCAGCUGGUCCCCAGAGCGUUCCAGACUCAACUACUAUGAAAAUGCAUGGACUCCAGCAGAGGAUUCAAACAAGGAGUGGAUACAGGUGGACCUUGGGUUCUUGCGGUUCGUUUCAGCCAUUGGUACCCAGGGCGCCAUUUCCCAGGAGACCCGGAGGGUUUACUUUGUCAAAUCUUACAAAGUGGACGUCAGCUCUAACGGAGAGGACUGGAUCACUCUGAAGGAGGGCUCCAAACAAAAGGUUUUCCAAGGCAACACCAACCCAACAGACGUUGCCAAGACAAUGCUGCCCAAACCCACACUGACACGCUUCAUCCGAAUCCGUCCUGUUACCUGGGAAACAGGCAUCGCAUUGCGCUUCGAGGUGUAUGGAUGUAAGAUAUCAGAGUACCCAUGCUCGGGCAUGCUGGGCAUGGUAUCAGGCUUGAUCACUGACAACCAGAUCACUGCGUCCUCCCACACCGACCGGAGCUGGGUACCGGAGAAUGCCCGCCUGCUGACCAGCCGGACAGGGUGGACCCUGCUGCCUCAGCCCCAGCCCUUUGUCAAUGAAUGGCUGCAGGUGGAUUUGGGUGAGGAGAAGCUGGUGAAGGGAUUGAUCAUCCAGGGAGGGAAGCACCGUGAGAACAAGGUCUUUAUGAAGAAGUUCCGCCUCGGCUACAGCAACAACGGCUCCGACUGGCGGAUGGUUUUGGACACCAGCGGGAACAAGCCAAAGAUAUUUGAAGGGAACAGCAACUACGACACUCCGGAGCUGAGGACGGUGGAGCCCCUGCUGACCCGUUUCAUCAGAAUUUACCCUGAGAGGGCCACCCCUGCCGGGAUGGGCCUGCGACUUGAGCUCCUGGGUUGCGAGAUUGAAGCUCCCACAUUCCCUCCUACCACAAUAGUCCCAAGAACUACUCCAUCUGAUGAUUGUGAUGACGACCAGGCGAGCUGCCACAGCGGCACAGGUGAUGACUACGAUGUGACAGGUAGUACCACGAUGCCAGACACCACUACCGCUGAAGUGGAUACCAUCCCAGCAUUUCUGUGGUUUGCCUGUGACUUCGGCUGGGCCACUGACCCGUCCUUCUGCAGCUGGACAUCAGAGGACACUGGCUCAAGGUGGCAGAUCCAGUCCAGCGGUACCCCCACCCUCAACACUGGACCCAACAUGGACCACACAGGUGGAUCAGGGAACUUCAUCUACACUUUGGCGACGGGUCCCCAGGAGACGGAGGUGGCUCGACUGGUCAGCCCCAUGGUCAACUCCCCUGACUCGGAUUUAUGUGUGUCCUUUUGGUACCACAUGUUUGGGGCGCAUAUUGGCACGCUGCAUAUCAAACAGCGCAAACAGACAGUUGAUGGACUGGCUGACAUCUUGCUGUGGACAGUCAGUGGUCACCAAGGGAACCGCUGGAGGGAAGGUCGUGUCCCUGUGCCACGCACGAACAAACCCUAUCAGGUGGUGAUUGAAGGGCUGGUGGAGAGAAAGAGCUGGGGAGACAUUGCUGUGGAUGACAUUAAGGUUCUCAAUGGCCUCAGCAUGACGGACUGUAAAGAUCCAGACGUACCCACUGAGCCAAUGUUACCAGAGGAUCACUUCAAUGAAAUCAUUGAGGAGAUCACUGAAUACCCAGACUUUGUGGAGACCAACCAGAUCAGCGGAGCAGGCAACAUGCUUAAGACGCUCGACCCAAUCCUUAUUACUAUCAUCGCCAUGUCCGCCCUGGGGGUUUUCCUGGGCGCCAUCUGCGGCGUGGUCCUGUACUGUGCCUGCUCACACGGAGGCAUGUCGGACAGGAACCUAUCAGCGCUGGAGAACUAUAACUUUGAACUGGUGGACGGUGUCAAGCUAAAGAAAGACAAACUAAAUGUACAGAGCUCAUACUCAGAGGCGUGAGGUGGGACUGAGUGCAUUCGUGUGACUGUAUGAUGUGCAGAGCUCGCAGAGCGUGCACAAGACUGGCUGUAGGCAUAUCCUCUCAUAUAUCCGUGAGUAGGCGGACUCAAAGGACUGCCAACGCCCUCAACUCGCUUGAUGAGGGACAGGUUCAGGAAACAAGGGGAGGUUUGGACUGAUCCACGCUUUUCUCAGGAGCUGCAGUAAAAAGAACCUACCAGUAGGGGACACUGUGUACAAAACAAAUACAGAAAAAAUAUGUACAGAUGAUUUAGAUGAUAUUUUAAUUUUCUAUUUUGAUUUUCAUUAAUUUUUACAAUCGGAUGCUGGUGUUGAGACCAAUUUAUUAAUAAUGUUUAAAGUAUUUAUCAUUUUCUGGGAAAGAAAUGUUUUUUUUAUCAUCAGUUCAUGAAGGCUAUUGUUUAUUUUCAAGUUUUGAAAGAGACGUAUCAAAAUCCUAAAUGAACCAUAUCCGGCAAAACUGUAGAUUUGCCUCAUGGCGUGGCAUACAGGGUGUGCCCAUAACCCAUCUCCCUGAUACAUGUACCCUUUCCCUUUUGACCCCUAUCACUCUAAAGUGAGGGUCCCAUUCAUGGCAAUGUAUGGUUCUGACAGUGCCUUUAGUACAUCUUGGUUGGCCUCCUCUGUUGAUCUGGGUGUUUUUUACUGUACUUGGCUUAAGUUAUGAUGACAGAAAACAGGGGCACAUUAUCUUAUAAAUACCUGCAAAACAGGAUCCAAUCUAUCACAGCGCUUUGUUUUGUUUUCGUUGUUUUCUGUCCAAAAUCCACACACUGUAAAUAAGUUUUAAUAUAUUUUAUUGCCCUUUUUAAAGAAAGUAAAAAGGAAAAAAGCUGCA